AUGGCCGUCAUCAUCACAGCAGCAUCCCCCCGAGACGCAUUCACAAGCGCCAGUAAAGCCCUGGAGGCGCCGUCAGUGAAUCUUGAUAAUACUCCAUGCGCCGCCCUUGCAGAGGAAAAGGCCGACGAUGAGGAGACUUACUCCACAUGGACACUCGAUACAGGCAACUUGCACAGUACCCUCGACGUUAUCGCCGUCGCGGACUGCAAUGGUCUUGAAGGAACGCUUGAGGGAGACCUGCUCCAGGAGCGGCUAGAACAGUGA